AUGGAACACUCCGAGCGCCUAGAUGCCGUCACGGUGGAGCGCUCUCCAGUAACUAUCAACACCGACCAAGACGUACGAGCCACUUUCGGAAGUGUAUCCACAUUCUAUGAUCUCGGGUCGACCCCCCAGGGCAACUGGGAAGGGUCGGACGGGACGCCUCUAUCAGCGCAUUUAGCUGCCGGUCGGGGCUUCAGGAUACCCGAUGAGGACCUCACUGCUCUGGUGGAAAAGGUGAUAUCAUCCCAUUCGACGGAGCGUGAGCGGCACAUGUCUUUGGGUCAUUGCUUGGGCGCGGCUAUUGAAUCUGAUAGGGAGGGAAGUAUCACGAGGAUUUUCAGCACACUAGGAUCCACUCCGCCCCGUCACCCUACGCUCGCCUCUCUGUUGCUGGUCUACCUUCUGACCCGUUCCUCACCUCUAGAGUACAAGGGACUCCUAGAGGCAUCAGCUGCUUGUGCUGGUGACAGGGAGGAUGAGCUCACUACUGUUGAUGCAUAUCGGAUUCGCCUGGCAACAUUAGUAUCACCUUUGGCUACUGAGCUUCUGGAUGACACUGACAAUGCUCAUUCCAUGAGUCUGUCUUUUGUCAAUUUCAUCAACCAUAUUGUGCGCGGUAGUGCUCAGGCAAGUCGAGAGGCAGCAAAGAGAGAAAGGAUAGAAGGUGGUUGGCGAGAUAUUUAUGACAUUUCUGAGCUCAUCGGGAAGCCCCAGUUGUAUCCCCCUGAUGCCAAUCGCGAGUUCACGGAUGUUGGUUCGUUGUUUUUCCCUGUGGUCGAUCCGAUCGAGAAAGUAGUCUAUGAGGCCAAUGACGGCUUCCAUUAUGUGAAUGAUAAGGUGAUGCUCUUGGUUAUGUUCUCGGUGAUGGAGUCACUGUUAGACUGA